AUGAAAAACAGCCACUCUCAGUCACACAGUUUGAAUGUGAGCCGUCAAGCCUCUAAACCCCGAAACCAGUCCCUAUCUAAAAGCAUGCAUGUCAGUAACAAAUCUUCAAAGCUACUUCCCCCAAUAAAUCAUCAUCUUGUUCCUAUUCACGGAGAUGGAACGCCUAUACUUUCCAAGAAUUCAAGUUUUUCUCAAAAAUCAGGGUUUUCUCAAUGAGAAAUUUAUCUAGCCCAAAAACCUCUAACUAUAACCCUUGGCUAUCGAACAAAACCAUUAGAAAAAUAACUAAGUUUCGGGUUAAUUAAAUCCCUUUGUGAGUUGUUUAGCAUAAAUAUUUUAAAGAAAUGAUGGCUUGACAUAUAUAAUUAGUUUGCUAAAAUUUCUGAUCAGCUCCCACGAGCCAAAGAUGGAUUCCACGUGUGAAAAAUCCGGAAAUUCCACGUGAAAACCCAUUUUUGGCUCGUGGGAGCCGAUCAGAAAUUAAGCCAAAAUAUUAUGACUGAUGAUUAUGAUGGGAUAUCUAGCUAUACCAAUGAAAUUUCAGAUAAUUUGCAUUCUAAAAACAUAAAUUUUAUAAAUUGAAUUAGAUUUUCCCUUUUUAACAUUUAAAAUUUGGGUAAAAAAAAUUAAACCCCUCCAUUUGCGAGCCAAGAAAACCUUCAAAGAGUAAGAGACAAACAAAGAGAUAUUAUCUCAAAACUGCAUAGACGAAUUAAAGAUCAUAGAAUAUAUAGCGAUUUCUUAAUUCAAAAAAACGAAGUUGAAAACAAUGACAGGAUCCUGAGAUCACUUUACAAUAAAGCAACAAAUAUUUUCUUUAAUUAA